UAAAAUUUACAUAUUUUUUAAUAAUAAUACUUAAAAAAAAGUACAAUAAUUAAUAAAAGUAUUUUUCCUAUAGAAAAAAAUAAAAAUUAUUUUUAAAUUCUAUACAACAAACCAUAUAUAUAGAAAAUAAUAAAAUGACCAAAUUAAAAUUAUCACUUGGAUUACAAAGAUUAAUAACAACACCAACAUUAUUUGUUUUAGCUACAGUAUUUUGCAACCAACAAACAAUUGCCAUCAAAUUAAAAUGUACGAAUAUUGAUGAAUUUUAUUAUGCUAGUCCUGGUUCACAUUGUACAGGAUUUUAUAGAUGCACAAGUCGUGAAAAAUUUGAAUCAGAUGAAUGUGGUCCCGGAUCAAUGUUUGAUUUUUAUAAACAAUCAUGUACAAGAUCGGCAGGAAUCUGUUAUGAACCAACAUGUACCGGAAGAACAAAUGGCAUUUAUCAAGAUACAACACAUGCAUGCCGCCGAUCAUAUACAUGUCAUUCAGGUCGAGUAAUCAAUAUUGAUAAUUGCCCACCAAAUCAUUUACAUAACGGUAUUAAUUGUGUUAGUCAAGAAUUAGUAACAUGCGACUUACCGCAUACAACAGCAAUAGGUUAUCCAUUUGAAGGUGAUCAACGAUGCUCUGAUAAACAAGAUGGUAGUUAUGGUGUUAAAGAUUGUUCAACAUAUAUUGUAUGCUCAAAUCAUGAAGUUGCUGAUGAAAAAUCUUGUUCAUUAGGUUAUCGUUUUAAAAAUGAUAUACGUCAAUGUGUUCUAGCAAAUCAGGUACCAUCUUGUUCAAAUGAAAUCGAAAAUAGUAAUUCAAUGUGUAAAAAUAAAAAAGAUGGAUUAAAUUUUGAUUCAACAUCAAUUGAUUGUACAACAUAUAUUGUUUGCCAGAGUGAGAAAUUUAUUAAAAGAGAAAAAUGUAGUAAUCAAGCAGUAUUUAAUGGUGAAGAAUGUGUUCCAACACCAUUAUAUACAUGUCCGAGAGCAAUAUGGAAUACAGAAAAUGAUAUAUGUAAGGCACAUGGUAACGGUUUUUAUAUGAAUCCACAACAAGGAUGUUCAUCGUAUGUACGAUGUAUGCGUGGUCGUACAGUUGAAGUAUUUGAUUGUCCAACUGGUCAAUAUUUCGAUCCAGAUGAAAAGAAUUGUGUUUUUGAGAAAUUUGAAGAAAGAAAGAAAUGUGUUAAUCCAAAAAAAUCAAAUUACUGUAAUAAUAAAGCACAAGGUUUCUAUCAAGAUCAUGAAUGCGCUCAUUAUUAUUAUUGUAUAAAUGGUAUGAAAACUGAAUAUAAAUGUCCAUCGAAUAAAAUUUUUAAUGGUGAAAAUUGUGUUAAUAAAGGACGUUAUACAUGCCCACUAGAUGAUGAUGAUACAUGUGCAAAUCGUUCAGAUGGUUAUUACAAAGAUAAAAACGGUGGAUGUCGUGGAUAUUUUUAUUGUUCAAAUGGUCAUAAAAUAUCUUAUAUAUGUGAAGAGGGUCAUUAUUUUGACGGUAAUCAGUGUAAGAAAAAUACUGAUAUUGCUAAAUGUAAAUCAGAUUUAUCAUGUAAAAGUAAAUCUGAUGGUUAUCAUCCUGAUUUAAAAUCAAAUUGCCGAAAUUAUGUUUAUUGUUUAAAUCAAGAAAAAGUAACACAAUUAACAUGUCGUGGCGAUAAAAUAUUUAAUGGAGCCAAAUGUGUUGAUUCCAAAGAAUUUGCAUGUCCAAGUCUUCAAAAUCAUCAACAAAUUAAUUGUAAACCAAGAUUAUGUACUGAGAUGAAUUGUCAACGUGAUGGUUUUUAUCCUGAUAUUGAUUCUGGUUGUAAAAAUUAUUAUUUUUGUAUUGGUGGGAAAAAAUCAUCUCUUAGCUGUUCAGCUGGACAAAUAUUCAAUGGUGAAUUAUGUGUUUCCGAAGAUAAAUUUACAUGUCCUGUUUAUUGUAAUUAUAAUCCUCAACAAGGGGAUGAUAUUAAAAAUUGUCCACUAAGUGGAUUUUAAUUUAAUUUUAAUUCGUUUCUGUAUAAAUUUUUUAUUUUAAGUUAAAAUGUAAGAAAUUUUUUUUACAAAAUACCACCAAGGAUUAAAAAAUGUAAAAGUUGUAUUCCUUUUUCAGAGUAGUUUAAAAUAAACAUACUUUAUUAUAUACUUAGUUAUGUAUAGAUUUGUUUAAAUGUUGUAGUUAUAAUUAGAUUUAAU